AAUCUAAUGCACCUACAACAAGCAGGUUUUCUAAUCAUCACUGGCAACUGCAAAUGUGUUUUCUUUCAGCUGAUACACUUCAUCGUCACCUUGGUACAGAACAACCGCAUCCUGAACCUAAAACGCAAAAGGCCACCUCUCAUGAACAGCAGUGGAAAGAAGCCCAAAUACAUUCACCAGAUCUAUGAUGACAAAGUGUGUGUGGAGCAGUCGUCCGUCAACAGUUUGAAUGGCUCGAAGAGCUCGGACAUAUCGGAUGACGUCAUCAUUUGUGACUUAACUGAGAGUGAUGCUGAGUUGGCGGCUGAGAUCACAGAGGGCUCGCCCCGAGCCUACGAGACGGGGGAUGUAGAGAUCGUGGAGGUGGAGCUGGACAGCUGCGCCUACCACAGCCCCAGACCAACGGAGGUGGGGGUGUCUUCGGCAGCAGAGAACAGUCAGAGGAGCAGCACGUCAGGCUGCAGCGGAGCCCCCAGCGGAGCCCCCAGCGGAGCCCUGCAGCUCAACAAAGCGAGCAGCCUGAGCCUGGAGGACCCCAUCAAGAUGAUGGACUCCAUACUGAACGAGAGCGGCGCCAUCUCACAGAACAUCAACCUGCUGGGCAAGCAAGUGCAACCUCUGCUUUCAUAUGUAUUUUUAAGGUGUUCAUCAUUUUAACGGAAGAAUGGUCUUUGCAAAUGGAACAAGGUUA